AUGUUUGGUCAAAUAUUGUGGAUUCUGUGUCUCUGUGCGACCAAACGGCUGGCCUUCACUCUCGAGGCCGAGGAAUCGACAGAUAUAGUGGUGGAAUGCGUGCGAAUAACUGGUAUGAGUCCAACUCAAUACAUGGAAAAGGAUUCGUCUGGAAGUGUCGUUCUUGAUUGUCAGUUUGAAAUGGAUGAACGAUGGGAUACAAUGGCUAUACUUAAAUGGUACCAUAAGGGAGACCCGACGUCUAUCUAUCAAUGGAUUAUCUCAAAGGAUAGGCGCGAAUAUUCCGAUAAAAUAGAGCCAUUCGUUGACAAGAAUUACUCAAUCGAUGAUAAAUUAACAAAAUUCAGAGCCAUUCGACUCAUAAACCCACCGAUAAAUUUGAGCGGAGAAUAUGAAUGUAGUGUUCAGUCAAUGGAUGGACACGACUCUAAGAGCACUCAACUCAUUAUUUAUGAAACGGCAAAAGCAUUUACAAUGAACGUGAUAGAAGUGGACAAUGGGGUAAACAUCACGUGUGAGGGCACCGGACUCUCACCACAGCCUAAGCUAACAUUAUUCAGAAUAACGCAAUCAAAUGAUUCAAACAGUAUUAAUGCAAUUGAAGUGAAAGACAAAACAACGACUUCACUGAGUCGUGAAAAGUCCGGUCAAUACACCAUUGCAUUGACAUCACAAGUAUAUGAAGACUCGUAUACCGCGUCCAUUGAUGUGACCGAUCAUUACGAGUGCAGACUUAUGAUCGAGAAGACUGAUUACAUGGAGACACGGAAUCUGGCCAUACAGUCAGGUAUGCAAUUGUCGUCAGUUCUCCUCUACUUUCAUAAGAAAGAGCUCCAAAUAUAUGCAAAACUCUCGUAA